GAAAACACUACAGCAAAAAGGUUUUUUUUUCAGUUGGGUUUCCACCAUGGCAGACAGAAAAAAGAAAUUAUCUGGUGCACAGUAUCGAAAACGGAGGGCUGAAAAGGAAAAGGAACAAGGCAAGCAAGAAGGUUCAUUUCUUAAGUAUCUUCGGCCACAACAUCGGGAUGAUGAAGGUAGCUCUACUUCAAAGAUUCAACCUGAGACUGAAACAGAGACAACAGUUUUGUCUACAGCCUCACAAGCUGACAAAGAGUAUGAGGAACAUACUGAAGAUAUUGAAGAGGAACAUACUGAAGAUGUUGAAGAGGAACAUACUGAAGAUGUUGAAGAGGACCAUACUGAAGAUGUUGAAGAGGAACCAUGUGAAGUCCAGCUGGAUCAAGAAGUGAUACAAAGUGAAAGUAGCUCCAGCUUCAGCUAUAGUGACCCUGCUACCUGGAUAAAGUGUGAUGAUAAUUUACGACAAAUUUUGGUGGAACAUGGGCCAGAACAGGUUCAGCUGUUUAAGUUUCCUAAAGAUGCCAAUAAGAGAAGAUUUCUAACAAAUCAUUACAAAAGAAGACUUCCUAAUGGAGACCUAAGGCACCGUCAGUGGCUACAAUAUUCUAUAUCAAAUGACUCUGUAUUUUGCUUCUGUUGCAAGUUGUUUGGUAAUUACACAAACCCGCCAUCAUCUCUCUCUGAUAAAGGAUCCAAAGAUUGGAAGAACAUCACUGCAAUUUUGUCACAACAUGAGAGAAGUAAUGCACAUUUAGUCAAUUUUCAAAACUGGAAGGAGCUUGAAAUACGAUUGAAAAACAAAAAAACAAUUGAUGAAGAACAUAUGCGCAUUAUUAAACAAAAGGAAAAGUACUGGCAGCAAAUCCUUGAACGAUUGAUUGCUUUAGUGAGAGUUCUUGGUAUACAAAAUCUGGCCUUCCGUGGAACCAAUGAAAAACUGCACACAGCUGGAAAUGGCAACUUCCUGAAAUUUAUUGAAUAUCUUGCUUUGUUCGACCCCGUAAUGGAUGAACACAUUCGUAAAAUAAGAGAUAAAGAGACCUAUGUACACUACCUUGGAAAAGAUAUACAGAAUGAACUAAUUCAGCUUUUAUCCAACAUUAUCAAAGAAGAAAUUCUUAAAUCUGCUCAAGCUGCAAAGUAUUUUUCUAUAAUUAUUGAUUGUACACCCGAUGUAAGCCACGUUGAACAAAUGACCAUGAUCCUUCGCUUUGUGAACAUAGCUUCAUUAACUGAUGAUUGCGAACCUAUACGCAUUAAAGAACAUUUCUUAGGAUUUCUGCCACUAAAGGAAACAACUGGUGCUGGUAUGACAGAAAUUAUCCUUCACCAGCUAGAAGAGAUGUCAUUGCCUGUUGCUAAUUUACGUGGUCAAGGCUAUGAUAACGGAAGCAAUAUGAAAGGGAAGGAAAAUGGUGUGCAACGAAGAAUUAUGGAUAUUAACCCAAGAGCAUUGUUUGUUCCUUGCAGUGCACAUUCUUUGAAUUUAGUUGUGAACGAUGCUGCAAAGUGUUGUUUGGAGGCCACAUCUUUCUUUGCUCUUGUACAACAUGUGUAUGUGUACUUCUCAGCAUCCACACGUCGAUGGGAUGUUCUAAUGUGCCAUGUGCCUAGUCUUACGGUUAAGCCAUUGAGUGAAACAAGAUGGGAAAGUCGAAUUGAUGCAUUGAAGCCUCUUCGCUUUCAGCUUGGUGAUAUUUAUGAUGCCCUAUCUGAAAUCUAUAAUGACAAUACCCUCACUGGAGCAUCUGGCAACACCUCAAGAAUAGAGGCACAAGGUCUUGCAAAAGGCAUUUCUAAUUUCAAGUUUGUCAUUUCUCUAGUGGUUUGGUAUGGUAUAUUGUUUGAGGUCAAUAUGACAAGCAAACAGCUUCAGACAAAAGAAUUUGACAUACAUAAUGCCAUUAAACAACUGAAUGAAACAAAGAAGUUUCUUGUAGACUGCAGGAGUGAUGAAGGGUUUGGGAAAGUACUGGAAGAGGCCGGUGAACUUGCGGAGGCACUUGGGAUACCAGCACAGUUCGAAGUAGAUCCUGUUCGCAUUAGUAGAAAGAGGAAGCAGUUCAUAUAUGAAGCAGAGGAUGCGCCUAUUCAGAAUCCUAAGGAAAAGUUCAAAGUGAACUUUUAUUUUGCUGUGCUUGAUACAGCUGUGCAAUCAGUUGAAGAAAGAUUCACGCAGAUGAAUCAAAUUAGUUCUGUGUUUGGCUUCCUCUAUAAUGUUCACAGUUUACAGAAUAGAACAUCACAGCAAAUUAUGGAAGAUUGUUGCAAGUUAGAGCAAGCUUUACAACAUGGCGACUCCAAAGAUAUUGAUGCUUCUGAUUUAUGCAGUGAAUUACAAAGUAUUGCAAGGCGGGUUCCAGAGUGUACAUCUCCACAAGAUGUAUUUAACUUUUUAUGUAAAAAUGAGCUGAUAGAUGUUGUCCCCAACACAUGUAUUGCUCUUCGCAUCCUUUUGACCCUCCCUGUGUCUGUGGCCAGUGGCGAGAGAAGCUUUUCCAAGCUAAAGUUGAUCAAAACAUAUAUUCGAUCUUCCAUGAUGCAAGAAAGACUUGUUGGUCUCUCUCUCUUGUCAAUAGAACAUGAGAUCGCACAAAAAGUAGAUCUGAAAGAGCUUGUCUCUAAAUUUGCUAAAUUAAAAGCGCGGAAAGUAAAAAUCUAAUCUUUUUUUGCAUUUCUUCCACUAC